AUGAAAUAUAACAAUCAUUUAAUAGUUUGUAUAUCAUGGCUAAUGGUCUAUAUCUUAUAAUAUUUAUGUCAAUGUUCAAGUUGUCUCAAUGUCAAGUAGAACUUACAGGAUCUGAUAUAGCAUUUGAAGGCGAGAAAUAUGUUUUAACUUGUCAUAUAGCAGCUAAUGAAGGAACUAGAUAUUAUUGGUAUAGAAAUGAAGUAUUGGUAGCUAGAUCUGGUUCGAAUCCUUCAGCAGAUGGGGAUUUUUGCGGAAUGAUCAAUAAUAACGGUUCUCAACGUGACAGAUAUGAAUUAAACUGUCAACAACAUCAGCUUACCAUUAAAUCUGUUGAUUCGUCUGAAGAUGGUGUUAGCUGGAAAUGUCAUAACUUUAGAUAUUCUAUUACACAGAAUCCAGAAUAUGGCGGUACUUUAACAAUAAAAACCGGAAUACCUGCUACAGACGUGUCUAUCAGCUUUCCAUCAUACACCCAUAAACUUAUCAACAACACACUACAGAUUCAAAAUGGUUCAAAUUUACUGAUAGGCUGUCAACCCAAUAAUGACGCCUCGCCAGCACCAGACAUUCGUUUGUAUUAUAUCAAAAAUACUUUUGAUAUACUUAAACGUACCACAGGCGAUUACCUGGAGACAUCUUUAACUGUUACCAUGGAGAUGAAUGGAUCAACAUUGUACUGUAAAGCUAAUAAUAGUAAACGCGUUGAAAUAUCAACCUAUAUAAAGAUGCAAGUAUUAGAUCCGACAACAAUGUCAUUACACGUGAAUAACGUCACUGACAAUAAAAUAAUUCUACAAUGUAAAGUAGAUGGUCGACCGAAUAACUACAUAUUUUCACCAUGGAAACAUUACUUGGAUGGCGUAUUGAUACGAGAGGUCGAAGGUUAUCUGGAGAAUGGAGAUAAUUCUAUCUACUACCUCAACAUCCCAACUCAGUUAUAUAAAAACAGAGGAGUUUAUGUUUGUACCAUUCUCCUAACAACGGGAAACAGGAUGAUAUAUCUGUAUUUAUUGGUGCUGGUGGGGCGGCUGGUUUGUUUAUCAUCAUCAUCGUCAUCAUCAUUAUUGUUGUAGUUGUUAAAAAACGUCGACGCAAACAAACAGAAAUGGAGAUUAUGGAGAAUGAUUUAUACAUUAGUGGUGAUACACCGACAGCAGAGAUUGACAAGAUUCUUAAAGCUAGGGGUGUGCCUAAAGAUACUACAGUUCAAGAAAUGGAAAUACUGAAGAAUCAUUUAUAUGUUAGUGCCGAUGAUGACCCUUCGAACAAAAACCCUAUAAAAUCAUCGAGUAAAGAUGCUUCCCCGAAACCAGAGAUGGAAAUAAUGGAGAAUCAUCUAUAUAUAAGCGCUGAUUAUGAUGCUUCACAGAAUCAGACUGAUGGAAACGGAGUGAAGACGAAACCAGAGAUGGAAAUAAUGGAGAAUCAUUUAUAUAUAAGCGCUGAUUAUGAUGCUUCACAGAAUCAGACUGAUGGAUACCAAGUCAUGAAGAAUUAGAAAGAUGUGUUUACAUGAUGAAUAUCAAUCAAGAUAGGAAAAUGGUCACUACCCCACAGAUCUUCAUUUACUCUCGAUGUAAAAUCCUGAAACAGGACCGGACAGCAACGGAGAGAUCGAGGGCAGUAAAAGAAGCUGUAGCAGGAUGUAUAAUGUUGUGCCAUAGUGUUUUAUGAAUCUAUACGUAUCCUAGAACACGAAGGUGUACAUUUGAUGUAAUUUUAACCAUGAUAAA